UAUGUGUUUGAUGAGGAAUCAAAGUCUGUUUUGCACACAGAGAUGGCAAGGAAAAAUCUAUUUGUCAAAAGGGGUUGCAAGUUGGGGUGCAUACCUGUUCAAAAAAAAUGUCAUAGCUAUGUCAUUCGCACCAAGAGAUUCGCAUGAAGCACAAGUUCAAUUUUGUUUGGAAAGAGGCGUGCCAGCAAUUAUAGGUGUUCUUGGAACAAUAAAGCUACCAUACCCAUCAAGAGCAUUUGACAUGGCUCACUGUUCUCGUUGCCUGAUUCCAUGGGGUGGAAAUGAUGGAAUGUACAUGAUGGAAGUUGAUCGAGUUCUUAGACCUGGAGGAUACUGGGUGCUUUCAGGUCCACCCAUCAACUGGAGGGUAAAUUAUGAAGCAUGGCAGCGCCCAAAAGAGGAACUUAAGGAGGAACAGAGGAAGAUUGAAGAGAUUGCCAAAUUUCUUUGCUGGGAAAAGAAGCAUGAGAAGGGUGAAAUUGCCAUCGGGAGGAAAAGAGUAAACAAGGAGUAUUGCUCUGAGCGAGAAUCUCGUGCAACUAUGUGUGACUCCACAAAUCCAGAUGAUGCCUGGUAUGUUUUUGAAGUUGAUAACUCUUAGGUAUUCUACCAGCUUCUUGAAUGUUAAUUGGCCUAACUAUUGAACUUAUGCUCUAAUUGAUUAGAUGCACUAUCCUUCUA